UCGGAGGAUUGUUUGUGUUUAAAUGUUAGCCAUAUUUUGCUUUAAAAACACAAGUGACCGGUUGAAUGCACCGCCCGCGAAAACGACGAAAUCGGCCGUAUAUUGAAUUCGAGCAGAAUUUGAUUGAAAGAAUUUACAAUUGUUAACAACGAACGACACUGUCGGCAAGACAAGGAAACGUCGCUGAUGCAGAUGCUACCACCGCCACAGCUGCCUUCGACGACGACCGGUCCACCUCCCUCCAGGAGGUUGCGCAGGCCUCGGUUUUGGUGAAACUCCUUCCGGCGUUGUUGCCCUAUUUUCAUUGCUCCGCUCCGUCUGGCUUCGUCUACCUCUCCAUCGCGCCUCUCUACGUUUGCGGACUCUGCUCGAAGUGGCCAUUCGUUGUUGGCAGCCCCAGGCCCUCACAGCCACCUAGCUAAGCCAGUGAACCAUCCAUCCGACCAACCAUUCAGUCGAACCGCUGCAUGCGCUGCAUAUUCAACCCUCGAACAGCAGAAUUAAGCCGUAGCAGCCAUCGCGACUCUGUGGUGUUUCACUCUCUCUAUCUUACAGUAGUGUGCCCAGUGCCCUUUCGGUGAUGUGAUCCUAAGCAACGGAGUGUUCUGUGUACGUGCUUGUGACUCCUCCAUACGCGUCGUUUCUUGUUCGUUAUCCUCGGAACGCACGCCAACCAUGGAGAAUAAACUGUGCAGGACUUGCGGAAAAUUCAACGGCGAAUUUGUCGACAUCUUCAAGACGGAGGGACUCAAAGAGAAAAUCGAAACAUGUUUACCCAUUGUCGUGUCACAGGAUUGCCUACUGCCGGACACAUUGUGCAUGGAGUGUUAUCGUAAUGUCUUGGUUUUAUAUGGCUUUGUGAAGAAAUGCCUACAAAAUAUAAUAAUCCUUGAGUCGCAAUAUAACAUAAAGACAUCUUGUUUGAAGAGCAAAAGGAAACACGACAGAUCGACGACCACAAUGGGUGUGGGCUGUGGCCCGGUCCUCCAGUGGCCGUUGCCCAAGGAUGAUGUCGGUGUUGAGGAUAUCAGUUAUUAUAAGGACAAGUUCAGAAAGUUUGACGUGAAGUUGGCAGGAUUCGAGAAGUCGCUGCAGGAACUGGAUGACCUGAAACCGAAGAUCGUCGAUUACCCGUGCAGCAGUAGCGACGAGGACUCAACGAAUAUAAAUAAUAAGAGGUAUUUCGAUGACAAGGAGAACGAUUUGAUUCGCGAGAUUGCAGAGAGAAAAUCUCUGAAGAGGAAAAGCGAAUCGGUGCUAUGCAACAGGCCGAAGAUGUUCAAGUUGGAUACGAAUCGCAGGAAGAAAAGACCUCCGAUGAAGGUAAAAUGCAAGGAGAUGUGUGAUUUGCAAAAGAUUUACGACGAAAUCCAAGUACCGACAACGAUGGCCAUCGAUCAGCAACAGCAGCACAACCCACCGUCGAUGGUGCAAAAGGCGUUGCCCCAGAUCUGUCUGCUGUGCGACAUGCAGUUUGAUGGACCGUCUUUAUUAGCAGAACACGUGUUCGAGACGCAUGGAAUAGACAUGGCGCAGAUCGUAAACAACGAGCCGAUACUUGAAAAGAAGAAAAAGAUGAUUCCGAAUCUGGUGAAGAUCGCCGAUCUGAAAGCAAAAAGGGAAUCGGAGGAGUCAAUGGAAAUUGUAGAGAAUAGGGAGGAGCCGCCCACCCUGGAGCCCAGUUACGUGUGUCCACUUUGUCCGGCCACGUUGACCAACAGGUCCGACCUAUUCCAACAUCUUCGUCAGAAGCACGCCACCAAGUCGCACAUGAUCUGCGGCCUAUGCCUUUACAUGGCCGAUUCCUAUCUUAAUCUGACCGACCACAUAGAGAUCUGCCUGCUGAGCCACCCCAUCAGCAAUCCAUACAUCUGUAAAGUAUGCAAGUACAACGACGACAACCACAAGGCUAUAGAGAAUCACGUGCUGGUCCACGACUUUUUGAUAAGUUUCUGCAAGAAGGAGAAUCGCAUCUUCGACCCGGCUGACUACAUCGAAACGAAUCCAGAUAGCGAGAACCACAAGGUCUACAACUGCACCGAGUGCGAGUUGAGCCUGUCCAGUUUCCGCGAUUUUACCGCCCAUCGUCGCUCCGAACAUUCCAUAUUUCACUGUGACCUUUGCAACAAGUUUUAUGGCCGAAAUUCGCACCUCUGGAAACACGUAAAUCGUCUACACAAGGGCCAUCCCUCGAUCACUUGUCAAUUCUGCUACAAGACAAGCGCUUCCAAGUACCAUCUGGCGCAGCAUUUUAAUAAGAUUCAUACGAGCAAAACGCCCAAGCUGAAAAACGGCGAUAUUGUCGAGGAGGAAGACUUUUUAAACAAGAAGUUCGAGGCAUUUGACUUUCAAAGCGUUAGGCAGAGUUUCAUGCGGCAAGAGUUGGAGAAGAACGAGCAGCAGCAGUCGGCCAAGGUGAUAACGACGACACCUCAACAUCAUCACCACAUGCAUCAUCAUACGCAUCAUCAUCAAAACCGCCACAAUCAGCACGAUUUAACAUUAAACAUGAUUGACGAGGGCGUCGAAGUGCCUAAAGAAAUUGACACGAGCAGCAAUCUAUAUACAAAUAUUAUUACCAAUUAUACUCCGCCUCAGAAUAACGGCGAGUUCAAGUGUCCCAAGUGCUCAAAGGGCUUCCACAAGAAAACACUUCUGAAGAAGCACAAAAAGAAUUGCAGGCCGCGCCUUCAAAAGGACCUACUAACGCGUUGCAAGUCUUGCUCGCGAAUAUUCAAGGAUCGCCAGAGUCUUGCCAAGCAUCUGGUCAACUACCACAGCGAGUAUGCAUGCGAAAUAUGCAAGGAGAAGGUGCAGAGCAAGUGCGAGAUUGUGAGCCACAUCCGAUUCAGCCAUCCUGACUGCCACCUGUUCUGUCAGGACUGCGGCAACGUGCUGCGAAAAAGCGAAGAUCUGAAGGCUCACUGCGAGGACCACCAGAACUCGUUCGUUUGCCAAUUCUGUGCUGACCUUCUUCCUAGUAAAAUCAAGCUGAAGAUGCACAUACUCAGUCUGCACAGAAAGAUACUCAGUCUCAGCUGCGGCAUCUGCCUGAAGCUGUUCGAAACACAGCACGUGCUCAGGGAUCACGUGCGGCUCGUGCACAAAGACGUGUUGACGCCGUUGACAUCGUGCACGGUGUGCGGAAAGAAUUACGGCUCUAAGUGGAAGACUUUCGAUCAUCUGAACAAGUCUCACGGCCGCAUCUUUAAGGCAUGUAAGGCAUGUCUCGAGGUAUUCGACACCGACAGGGACCUUGAAGUGCACUACGAGUCUGCACAUGGCGCCUCUGGCAAAGACAAAUCGACGUCGGCAGUGGCGACGACUGCGGGAGCGAUGAAGAAGGAUGUAAUGGCUCCAACGACAGCGAUAAAGAAGGAGGUUGAUGAUAGCGCAGAUGACAAGAGCAGCUAUUCCGAGGAGAGUCCAUACGAACCCGAGGAAGCUGUCAAAAUAUCGCUGCUGGAAAAGCGACUUACGGCAGUGCCUGAAAAGAACUCGCAUCAACAGCAGCAGCAGAAGAAAAAGGUAUCAUCGGCGACGGCAGUGGCUGCUGCAAAAAAAGUCAAGAUAGAAACGGAUUUCGCUCCCGACCAAAACGGCAGCAACAGUUCCAAGAGGACGGUGUACGUGAACUCGAAUGACCCCUCCUUCUGCGAGAUCUGUCACAAGACUUGGCCGGCAAAGAAACACCUCUGGCAGCAUUACAUACGAUGCCACAAGUUGGUAGCGGCCACCGUUUGCGGAAUCUGCUUAAAAACCAACGACAAUUACGAAAUGCUGCAGGCUCAUUUGCAGGACACGCAUCCGACGUUGUUGCACGGUCAGGGCUUUGGAUCGAACUUUAUCUGCAGGAUAUGCGGUAGAUAUCACAACGCCCGAUCAAAGCUAAAGCUGCACAUGGCCAUCCACGAGAACUUUGACUGGUCGUUGCUGGACAACUCGUAUCUAAAGACAAACGACACUCAAGAAGAGGACAUCGAGGAGGAAGACGACGAUAUCAACUACGAGAGUCUGAUCGAACAGGUCGAGUGCAGCUCGGAGAAUGAUAACGAGGAAGAGAACGAGGAGACGAGCAGCAGCUCGGAGAGCGACGAGAGCGAAACUGAAGGUAUCAAGAUGGAAAUUGAAUCCGAGGAGGAGGAGGAAGAUGGAGAAGAGGAAGGAGACGAGGAUUCAAGCAGUCGCAGCGGAGACGUGGUCAAGAGUGAGGAUAACUCUGAUUCCGAGGAUGAAGAGGAGGGCGACGAAGACUUCGACUACUCGAACGACGGUAAGAACAUGGAGUAUGCCCGGCAUCAGGAUGUCGUCGACUCUGCGGUAAAGAGCAUCGUAUACGAGGAUGAUGACUACGAGGAUCAAGACGAUCAGGACCCAGAGUACUCGGACUCCGCCCAGGAGAACUUGAAUUCGCAUGAGAUCCAAAGUGCCGUCGACAGCAUCUUGUGAGGUGAAAUUAACAAACAAAAUAGUUGAAAACUAAAAUUCCAAAUAACCCACGUGAUAUUUUCUCUCUCUCUCUAUCUUACAUAUAUGCAUAUAUUCUUAUUAUUCUAUUACCAUACAGUAACCGUUUUCCUUCUUCAUUGAUUGAUGAUUGAUAUAUAUAUAUAUAUCCUAAGUUAUGCAUGCGUUGCGCUUAAAUCAUUUUCGGUUAUUAUUAUUGAUAGUAUUGUUUUUGAAAAGAAGAAGAAGAAAGAGGAAAAAAGAAGAA